GCCGUCAGGAUGGCGGCGGAGCGGCAUCUCCUGUUCGUCAACAAGUUCUAAACUAACGUUGGAGGAAACGAGCCUCGGUGAUGGAUGCAAAGCCAAAGUAACUCCGAACUGCCACUCGUUCCUUCGUUUGUUCAUUUUCACGCCCCCUCCCCCGACGUCAUGCGCCUGUUGCUCGGUCUCCUGUGCGCGCUGCUUUCGUGCGGGGACGCCACCGGAGGAGAGUCCACCGGGACCGGAGGAGGGUCCACCGGGACCGGACCCGCUGCGCACGUCAAUGACGACAACGUCUCCCACCGGACUCACGUGCGACAAGAGGCUCUCCAGCACCGACCACCGGACGCCGCGUCAGAUUCACUUUUUGACCUGAAGGUCCAGGUCAACAACGUGAUGAGUCGUCAGUACCUGAGCCAGGCGCUGGUGGAGGUCUACAUCAACCACACCAGGACCAACGCGGCCCUUACUGGGCAGGACGGCGGUGCCUUGCUCCGUGUACCGUACCAAAGCGGGACGCCCAUCACACUGGUGGCCAGCAAGGACGGCUACCUGUGCAACCUGCUGCCUUGUAAAACCAGCAGGAUGCCAGUAUUUUCCUCCGUCACCAUGUCACUGCUUGGUCUGAAUCAGGGGAACAUUUGGCUCUUCAAUGAUUCAGUCCUGAUCACUGGAAAAACAUCUGAUGCCACAUCACAGCCUAUUGUCCAGUUUGCCAAGAGCCUGCUGAACCUUACUGACAGCAGCGAGGCCACUUCUGUCCAAGCCUACCUGACCCUCCCCAAGCUGCCGUCAGAGGAGGGCAGCUUCCAUCACACCUUGGGUAUCAUGAGAAGUGAAUCAGGAUACGUCAGUGUGGAGCUGAGUCCGCUGGCCGCUGUCAGUGUGCAGCUCUUCUCAGGAGCCUCGGAGCUUCAUGUGAGCGGACCCAUACAGAUCAGCCUCAGCAUCCCGGACAGCUGUGGGCUCCGGACCUCCAAUGUUGUUCCAGCGUGGUUCCUCAACCGGACCACUGGUGGAUGGAUGAGAAAGGGUCUGGGGACGGUGGUGUCGCUAAAAGGAAGACUCAUGUGGACCUUCACAGCUCCUCACCUUGGUUACUGGGUAGCAGCUCCUUUGGCCUCCACCAGAGGUUUUUUUGGAAUGGCCGUCCCCAUUGACCUCGUUUCACACCAUUCAUCCCUCCUGAUGCUGGUUCUUGGAGGAAUGCUUGUUAUGGCCACCUGCCUCCUCGUCGGGUUGCUGUUUUAUCGCAGACCUUCGCCCAGUCACACUAAAACGAAGAUUCGACCAGUGAUGAGAAGAGACCAGACCACCUUAACGUGUGACGCUGUGGUCCAUGAAGCAUCUUCAGCGGACUCCUCUCCUCUACGGGGGGAUGAGCAGGAGUACCCCCAUGUGAUCGCUAACCCCAGCGCUGUGCCCAUCAGGGUGGACCAACUGCACAAUAACACUGACCUCAUCGAGCCGAAGUGUUUGCACGAGACCACGGGUCACGGCCCAGACCCGGAGAACCUGUGGUUCUACAACCAGCCGGUCGCCGUCUUUCCCGCUCCGGCAUUCUUCCACGUGGAGGAGCGGCCCCAGCGGAGCGAGUCGGCCACCCUCCCCCGCGGGGGGUCCGCCGCCGAGCCGCCGGGUCGAGACGGCAUCACGCAGACUCCGCCAGAAGGUCCCCCGGCGGCACAGAACCGGGCCGCGGACAACGAGGACCAGCUCGGGGUUCUGCAGAGCUCUCGGUCUCCGGCCAGCGCGUCCAGGGGGCACUUGGGCCUGACGGAGUCGGCGUCCGUCCCGGGGACGCUGAAUAGAAUCCGGGGCGGCGGCGGCGGCAGACACUCGGUGCACGCCUUUGCAGAACUUUCUAAAAGCCCCUCGGCCCAGCCUCCCCGGGCCUGGUUCGUAUCGCUGGAGGGCAAACCAGCAGCCGAGAUCCGCUACGCGGUGUCAGAGCAGCAGAGGCGGCGAAGGCCAGUCGAGAGUCGGGAGACCAGCUUGGACUCCGGCGUCGACAUGAGCGAACUGAACCAGGCGCCCGGACGGCGGGCCGUGACACUGGAGCGCAACGCCACGUUUGUCAAAAGCAGUAAACGUGCGCCGCCGUAGUAAAACACCUCCAACCUUCUGAGUUUGUAUGAACAGCACAGAUUCUGUGACACAAUACUAAGUCAUCUUUUUAUUGCUUCACGUUGUGGGUCAUUCAUGCCACCGGAUUGAAAAGAAACCCAACGAAAGUCCAAAGCAGAGCGUGUGAAUUAAGCAGUUUUCUUCUAGCAGCCUCAGUUUGAACCAGGAAUAAAAGACAUUUGGCAACGUGUCAGAUAUCAUUUAAUAAGGUUAAGUUGCAUAGUUGUCAUAUCUGAAGCCUACAAAAGGAAUAAAAAAGCCACAUGAUUGAGAUUAAUGAGGUCAAACACCUUCAUAAUGACCACUGUGGAAUUUAUUUUAUUUGUUUAACUGUCACCUGAUUUGUUUGUUUACUUUUUAAUUGAAGUGAAUCAUUUAUGAAUAUUUAAUAUAAUCAUAUUUUAAUAAUAAUUAAUAAAGAAAUGACUGAUGA